AUGCUAAAGUCUGUUGUCCGUGCGGUAGGAGCGGCGGUGCGCCUCUCCACAGCCACCACGUCCACAGCCCGGGCUCUGCCGCUCACCAGCCCGACGUUGUGCGCUCCGAGCUCGGCAACAGCCCGGCCCUUCACCCGGUCCCUCUGGAUGAUGAAUAAUAACGGAGCCUCUUCAGGAUACAGGACAAAACUGUUCAGCUCAAAAGUGUUGAGUCCGUCAGUGUCGUGUGGCUGUGGAGGUUUGCACACAGAAGGUGACAAAGCAUUUGGUGAUUUCCUGUCUGAUGAAAUCAAAGAGGAGAGGAAGAUCCAGAAGAGUACAUCACUUCCUAAAAUGUCUGGAGGAUGGGAGCUUGAGAUGAACGGCACAGAGGUCAAGCUCAUCAAGAGUGUGUCUGGAGAAAAAAUCACUGUCACAUUCAACGUCAAUAACAGCAUUCCUCCAAGCUUUGACGAGGAGGCAGAUCAAGCACAGCAGAAGCCAGCGGAGGAUGAGCCAGAAAUUGUGUCAACACCCAAUUUUGUUGUUGAAGUAACGAAACAGGCUGCAAAACAUUCCCUGGUAUUCGACUGCCAUUAUCCUGAAGAUGAGAUCAGUCAUGGUGAAGGAGAAGAGGAGAGUGACAUCUUUGCCAUUCGCGAGGUCAGUUUCCAGCCUGAGGGAGAUUCAGAGUGGAAGGAGACCAGCUACACACUCAAUACAGACUCUCUGGACUGGGCCCUGUAUGACCACCUAAUGGACUUCCUGGCUGACCGGGGGGUUGACAACACAUUCGCUGACGAGCUGAUGGAGCUGAGCACCGCCAUCGAGCAUCAGGAGUACAUCAGGUUCCUGGAAGACCUCAGUAGUUUUGUCAAAUGCAAAUAAUUUAUUGAUGGAAUUCCAGUUAGAGUUCGUGUUUCUUCAACAUACAUGUUGGCUAAGUUGGAGGUAUUAUUACCUUUUAAAAAAAGCAAAUAUUAAGGCACAGACUGAAACACCGACGUUUGACACUCUAAAGAGACUGAUGGAUGAUGACUUGUGUCAGUGACAAACCUGUUUGCUAGCAGUUAUCAUGUUGAUACAUGAAUGGAAAUGUAUUCUCUGUGUUUAUGUCUGUAUUUUUCUGUAACUUAAUUUACAUUAAUAUAUGAAGGUCAUAUAGAACGCAUUCAUCAUGACAGGAUGUUCAGAAACCAUCUGGAAAGAUAUUCAGUCUCCAAUCUUGGUUCAAGUCUUACUUCUGCUUUGUUUGGCUUGACGAGGGGGUUCAUGUUCAUAAAUAUUAAUUGCACUGUGUUAGACCAUUGGAAUAGCACUUGGAUUUUGAAAUUGGCUGGUAUACAUAUUUGAUGGUUCAGCGUGCUCACACAACCAGAAGUCUGUCCAAUAAAAACUGUUUGAUAUUAA